AUGGCCAAAAUGGAGGUCAAGACGUCGCUUUUAGACAACAUGAUAGGGGUGGGAGAUAUGGUUCUUUUAGAGCCACUUGAUGAAGAUUCAUUCAUCAAUAAUCUGAAAAAACGCUUUGAUCACAGUGAAGUAUAUACGUACAUUGGCAGCGUGGUGAUAUCAAUAAACCCCUACAGAUCUCUACCCAUUUAUACUCCAGAGAAAGUGGAAGAAUACAGAAACCGAAAUUUUUAUGAACUCAGUCCUCACAUCUUUGCUCUGUCAGAUGAAGCAUACAGAUCUUUAAGGGACCAGGACAAAGACCAGUGUAUCCUUAUCACAGGAGAGAGUGGAGCUGGAAAAACAGAGGCAAGCAAACUUGUCAUGUCGUAUGUAGCUGCUGUGUGUGGAAAAGGAGCAGAGGUUAAUCAAGUAAAAGAACAACUUCUGCAAUCAAAUCCAGUUCUUGAAGCUUUUGGAAAUGCCAAAACUGUGAGGAAUGACAACUCCUCUAGAUUUGGAAAAUACAUGGAUAUUGAGUUUGAUUUCAAGGGUGACCCACUUGGAGGAGUUAUAAGCAACUAUCUGCUAGAGAAGUCUCGCGUUGUUAAGCAACCAAGAGGUGAAAGGAACUUUCACAUUUUCUAUCAGAUACUGUCUGGUGCCUCGGAAGACUUCCUCUGCAAACUGAAACUGGAGCGGGACUUCAGCAGGUACAACUACCUGGGCCUUGAUUCUGCCAAAGUGAAUGGAGUGGAUGAUGCUGCAAACUUCAGAACAGUUAGGAAUGCAAUGCAGAUUGUUGGUUUUAUGGAUCAUGAAACACAGUCUGUUUUUGAAGUGGUGGCAGCUGUUCUGAAAUUGGGAAAUAUUGAAUUUAAGCCUGAAUCUCGUGUGAAUGGCUUAGAUGAAAGUAAAAUCAAAGAUAAAAAUGAACUCAAGGAAAUCUGCGAGUUGACGGGUAUAGACCAGUCUGUAUUGGAAAGAGCUUUCAGCUUCCGGACGGUUGAAGCCAAGCAAGAGAAAGUUUCAACAACACUAAAUGUGGCUCAGGCUUAUUAUGCCCGUGACGCUCUGGCAAAGAAUUUGUACAGUCGACUGUUUUCUUGGCUUGUUACCAGAAUCAAUGAGAGCAUUAAGGCACAAACAAAAGUGAGAAAGAAGGUAAUGGGGGUGCUGGACAUCUAUGGCUUUGAAAUUUUUGAGGACAACAGCUUUGAGCAAUUCAUUAUCAACUACUGUAAUGAGAAGCUGCAGCAGAUCUUCAUUGAACUUACCCUCAAAGAAGAGCAGGAGGAGUACAUCCGAGAGGGAAUUGAAUGGACUCACAUUGAGUAUUUCAACAAUGCUAUAAUUUGUGACCUGAUAGAAAACAACCAAACUGGAAUCCUGGCCAUGCUAGAUGAAGAAUGCCUGAGACCAGGAACUGUUACAGAUGACACCUUUUUAGAAAAACUGAACCAAGUCUGUGCUACUCACCAGCAUUUUGAGAGCAGGAUGAGCAAGUGCUCCCGGUUCCUCAAUGACACCUCAUUGCCUCACAGCUGCUUCAGGAUUCAGCAUUAUGCUGGCAAGGUUAUGUACCAGGUGGAAGGAUUUGUCGACAAAAAUAACGAUCUUCUGUACCGUGACCUCUCCCAGGCCAUGUGGAAGGCCAGUCACUCUCUUAUCAAAGCGUUGUUCCCAGAAGGUAACCCCGCUAAGAUCAAUCUAAAGAGACCGCCAACGGCAGGUUCACAGUUCAAGGCUUCUGUUGCUACCCUGAUGAAAAAUCUUCAGACAAAAAAUCCAAACUACAUCAGGUGCAUCAAACCCAAUGACAAAAAGGCUGCACACAUUUUCAAUGAUGCUCUGGUGUGCCACCAGAUCCGCUACCUUGGUCUUCUGGAGAAUGUCCGGGUCAGAAGGGCAGGUUAUGCAUUCAGGCAGGCAUAUGAGCCUUGCCUGGAAAGGUACAAAAUGCUGUGUAAACAGACAUGGCCCCACUGGAGAGGGCCAGCCAGGGCUGGAGUAGAGGUACUGUUUAAUGAAUUGGAAAUCCCUGAAGAAGAAUUUUCAUUUGGUAGAUCAAAGAUAUUCAUCCGCAACCCAAGAACGCUCUUCAAACUAGAAGAUCUGAGAAAGCAGCGGCUGGAGGACUUGGCUACUCUAAUUGAGAAGAUUUAUAGAGGUUGGAAGUGCCGCACACGCUUCUUAUUAAUGAAAAAAAGCCAGAUUGUGAUUGCUUCCUGGUACAGGAGAUACGCACAACAAAAAAAGUAUCAGAAGAUAAAGCGUUCAGCUAUCAUAGUACAGUCUUACAUCAGAGGUUGGAAGGCUCGGAAACUUCUUCGGGAACUUAAGCAUCAGAAGCGUUGUAAUGAGGCUGCCACAGUAAUUGCUGCUUAUUGGCAUGGUACCCAGGCGCGAAGGGAACUGAGACGACUGAAGGAGGAGGCUAGAAAUAGACAUGCUAUUGCUGUUAUUUGGGCUUACUGGCUUGGAUAUAAGGCUCGAAGGGAAUUGAAACGCUUGAAGGAGGAGGCUAGGCGUAAGCAUGCUGUUGCAGUCAUUUGGGCUUACUGGCUUGGACUGAAG